CCCAGGAGUUUGAGAUCAGCCUGGGUGACACAGUGAGACCUGUCUCUACAAAAAAAUAAAAUUAGCCUUAGUGACAGAUAAUUACAUCACUUUUUCCACUGGAUCCAAACACUCUAUUUGACCCUGCCAUGAAUAUUUUUUAUAUCAUCAGCCAACUAUAGAAACUUGUUCUUGGUUUUCAGUGUUAAGAAUUAACCUAUAGACAUUUUAUGGAAGAUUUAAUUUGCAUUAGAGAACAGUGUGCUAUAAACUCUGCCAAUGCCAGGGCAUGUUAAGAGGUAUAUAAAGCAUAGGUAGAGAGGAAGACAAAGGAAAGGAGUAGGGGUGCCAAGCAGAAAAGAGAUACUUAGUGUUAGGUGGGGUUGGGGCUCAGGGGAGGGUGGCAGGAGAGUUUAGGAGAGGAUAGGACACGUGGGUGGAAAGUGAGGUGAAUGAGGGCUGGGAGGUUGCAGGGAGCCCUGAGUGGAAAAGGCGGGGCAGAGCAGCGGGUGCUGAACUGAAGAGUGUGGAGCAGAGCAGGGGUGUGCUGGGUGGAAGGGGCGGUGCAGAGCAAGUGGUGCUGAGCAGAAGGGUUGGGGCAGAACAGGAGGCGCUGAGCAGAAGGGGUGUGGCAGAGUACGGAGUGCUGAGUGGAAAGGGCAGUACACAGCAAGGAGUGCUGAGCGGAAGAGGCGGGGCAGAGCAGGGGGUGCUGGGCAGAAGGGGUGGGGUAGGGGCGAGGGCAGAGCGCCCCCUCGUGGCUGGGGCGCCUGCGCAAACCAGCUGCCUCACGAGCACUGGAGCUUGCGUUAGGUGGCCUCACCUCACUUGUGCUGUCCACGCCUGGCUUUGUCUCACCUGACGCGAUAUGCCUCUCCUGCGUGGGCGCUGUCCUGCCCGCCGCCACUACCGCCGCUUGGCCCUGCUCGGCCUGCAGCCCGCUCCCCGCUUCGCCCACUCGGAGCCCCCGCGCCAGCGGCCCCUGUCUGCCGCGGAAAUGGCUGUUGGACUUGUGGUGUUUUUUACGACCUUCUUAACACCAGCUGCAUAUGUGCUAGGCAACCUGAAGCAGUUCAGAAGGAAUUAGAUGGAAGAUGAUGUUGAACAGCUGUUAACGUCCAAAAAACUUUCAGAAAAAGCUGUGUUUUUGUUAACGAGCAAAAUUACCUAGUUGAGUUUUUGCAUCCAUUGUGGUAUUCACUUUCCUCAUGUUUAUGAUGAAUAUUUUGCACUUUUUUAGUAUUGUGCAUUAUAUAGAUGUGUAGUCAAAAAUGUUCUGCUUAAGUGUUAAAUAAAACGGAAACACUUAUUCGUG